AUGUGUACACGGCUUGUGUGUUUGGAGCUCUGUAAUACCCCCUGGUUUGUUCACGCGCUCCUUACCGUCGACGCUGGUCUAGGUCACGUGACGUCUGUUUGUUUUGAAGCCCUGGCUGUCAGUGUCACUAGUGAGAGGGGGUGUGGCUUUCCCCGUGUGUCCCGCCCCCCGUGGAGCUGGUCUAUGGGGAGAGUGGCCGCUUCAGGAUCCAGAGGGCUGGUGUCGCUGUUCUCGGGGGUUCCUUGCCUUUUUUGCCCGCAGCAUUGUUCGCCGUCUAUCGGAGGUAUAGGGAUGAGCGGCUCUGGGCCAGCCCCACCGGGCACCCCAGCCACUGGCCCCGACACUUACAAAGGCUGGCUUUUCAAAUGGACCAACUACCUUAAGGGAUAUCAGAGGCGCUGGUUCGUUCUGAGUAACGGUCUGCUGUCCUACUACAGGACACAAGCUGAGAUGGCACACACCUGCCGAGGAACCAUUAACCUGUCGACAGCUCAUAUUGACACUGAAGAUUCGUGUAACAUUGUUCUGUCUAAUGGAGGAAGGACAUACCAUCUCAAGGCAAGCUGUGAGGUGGAGAGGCAGAGAUGGGUUACUGCUUUGGAGUUGGCGAAAGCCAAAGCUGUCCGCAUGAUGAACAAUCAGUCAGAUGACUCUGGAGAUGAAGAACCGAGUUCCCAGUCUGACAAGAGUGAGUUACACAGCUCAUUAAAAGCACUGACCAGUAAGCUGGAUGAUCUGAGCACAUGCAAUGACCUCAUUGCCAAGCAUGGCGCAGCACUGCAACGCAGCCUGAGUGAGCUGGAGAACCUCAAACUGCCAAUAGAGAGUGGAGAGAAGAUCAAGUCCGUGAACGAAAGGGCCACCCUCUUUAGGAUCACUUCCAAUGCAAUGAUAAAUGCAUGCCGGGAUUUUUUGGAAUUAGCAGAAACUCACAGUCGGAAAUGGCAUCGCAUCUUGCAGUAUGAGCGUGAGCAAAGGGUCCGCCUGGAAGAGACUAUUGAGCAGCUAGCUAAGCAGCACAACAGCUUGGAACGAGCCUGCCGGGGUGCACCAGGCCUUUUGUCCACCAUUGCUGGAGUUCCCAUCACCACAAAGGGGAGUGUCCAGACCAUCAAAGGGGAAGCCAGUGAUGAAGAUGAGGAGACAGAGUACUUUGAUGCCAUGGAGGACGCCCCAGCCUUUAUCACAGUAACAGCUGAUCCCAAGCAGCACAGACGAUCAGGGAGCAAUCUCAGCAGUGCUAGCGGAGGACAUCCAGAUGAUUGGCAUCUAGAAGACAAUGUAUUUCAUAGUUCGCAUGACGGCAACUACUAUGAUUCAAAACGCAAAGACCUCCUACCCAAAAGAAGGAGAAGAACGCGUAUUCCAGACAAACCAAACUACAGCCUUAAUCUUUGGAGCAUAAUGAAAAACUGCAUUGGCAAAGAAUUAUCCAAGAUUCCUAUGCCUGUGAAUUUUAAUGAACCGCUCUCCAUGCUUCAGAGACUCACUGAGGACCUCGAGUACCACGAACUGCUGGACAAAGCAGUGAAGUGUGAGAACUCCAUAGAGCAGAUGUGUUUUGUGGCAGCUUUCUCUGUGUCUUCCUAUUCCACCACAGUCCACCGGACAGCAAAACCAUUUAAUCCAUUACUAGGGGAAACAUUCGAACUUGACCGACUAGAGGAUUUAGGGUACAGGUCCUUAUGUGAGCAGGUCAGUCACCACCCCCCAGCAGCAGCUCAUCAUGUCUACUCAAAGAACGGGUGGACCUUGUGGCAGGAAAUCACCAUUGCCAGUAAAUUCAGGGGCAAAUAUCUAUCCAUAAUGCCACUGGGUGACAUCCAUUUGGAGUUUCAUUCUAGUGGCAAUCACUACGUGUGGAGAAAAGUCACCUCCACAGUGCACAAUAUCAUCGUGGGAAAGCUCUGGAUUGACCAGUCCGGCGAUAUAGAGAUUAUCAACUAUAAAACCAAGGACAAAUGCCAAAUGAAAUUUACCCCAUACAGCUACUUCUCCAGGGACAUUGCAAGAAAGGUCACUGGAGUGGUGUCAGAUUCAAAUGGAAAAGCACAUUAUGUUCUAUCAGGGACCUGGGAUGAAAAGAUGGAAUGUGCGAAGAUUGUUCAGAGCAGCCAGGGAAGCAGCAGUGCAGAAGGCAAGCAAAAAAUGGUCUAUCAAACACUUCCUCCAAAGAUCCUGUGGAAGAAAUACCCUUUGCCGGAAAAUGCUGAGAACAUGUACUAUUUCUCGGAGCUUGCGCUUACCCUUAAUGAACCCGGGGAUAACGUUGCCCCCACUGACAGUCGACAUCGGCCAGACCAGCGAUUAAUGGAGAAUGGCAAAUGGGAUGAAGCCAAUGUAGAGAAGCAGAGGCUGGAGGAGAAGCAGAGGGCUGUCCGCAGGCGGAGAGAGGCUGAAGCUGUGGAGGCAUUGGAAGAAGGUAAUGAUUACGAAGGCUAUCAGCCACUUUGGUUCGAGAGGAAGGUUGACCCAUAUACUGGUGAGCUCAUGUGCAUUUACAAAGGAGGAUACUGGGAAAGCAAAGAAAAACAAGACUGGACUCACUGUCCUGAUAUCUUCUGAUCCAUUGUGGGAAGAAGAGUUGACCGUACUCACCACUCUCCAGCCGUACUCGCGGGAUACAGAGGAGAUGAGGCAGCUCGCUGCUCAGGAGCAAGUGGUGACGGCUGACUUCCAAUGUGAAAAAAAAAACAAUGAAAUAAAACACCAAAACAUCUGCCAAAAGAAA